GAUCCGUGGCAGCCAAGUUCCUCCUCAAAUGUUGCUGCUGCUGGCGGUGCUGCUAAGCUCGAUCCUUGGGCACCGGUUGGUGGCAGUGGAUCAGCGACCGGAAGUGUCGGUGAUCUUGGUGUAGCGUUUGGUGGUGCUGGUGGCGUGCCACCAAAUCGACCAUCGCCUGUUGGAGCCCUCACAUCACCCGUAUCCGAUCUGGAUGAGUUUGAUAUCAUUACGAAGCGAGCGGCAAGCAACAAUGGUACUAGCAGCACCAACAACAACUACAACCACAACGCAACCAGCAACAAUCUAAAUAAUAACAGCUCCCUACUGCUCGGCGAUCUGGAUCCACUAUCCUCCUCUGGCACGACGAACUCAAGCUCACCGAGCACCACUGCGACGGGAGCGGUAAAGAAGACUCCGCAAUCGUUCCUCGGUGAGAAUUCGGCCCUCGUCAAUUUGGACAAUCUAAUCAAACCGAUGCCGAGUGGUGCCGCCGGUGGUGCUGGUGGUAUCGGUGUCGGCGGCCUUGGAAUGACCUCAGCAACGAUGGCAUCGUCCGGCGCUGCCUACAAUCCGUUCGGUGACAGUGGAACUGCUGGUGGUGCAGUGCCAGCCCAGAAGAACCUUUUCCAACAAAAUCAACCUCAGGUUCCGUCCAUCAAUCAACUGAAACAGUCACCAUUCCCGGUAACACUCAAUCAGGAUCCGUGGGCACCGGUUUCUAAUAUGGCCGCGGCGCAACUUAACAUCGGUGAGGAUCUCGAAUGCUUUCCGUACACCUCCACCAUCGACAGGUCGACGGUGAUGGAGCGAUCACAACACGAGCGACACAGGAGUGAGCUUGAUGCUAAUGCUAAUGAUUGGAAGGCACUCGAUGAAGAGACCGGCGAGCAGGAGAUCGGAACGUCGGAGGAUGAUAUAUUCAACUCGAGCUAUGCCUUCUCACCGAAAGGGGGUCCCUUUGGUGGACUACCACCCGAGAGUCAUUUAAGCGCCGAACAGCUCGCCAGUACCCGGCCCUUGCGUCAGCUGUACGAUUUCCACUUUGCUCUCGAUGCAGACGAUACGUUCCGAUCGUCGCAAGUGCCACCUGUUGCGCCGGAUGUACGAUCGUCCAAUACACGAGCCGUAACGGCCGAUGAUGCAUGCAAUGCUAACAUUAACAGCAAUUAUGAUAACAAUCUGAACAACAACAACCCUGCUCCCUGGAUGAAUCCUCAAUCGUCGAAUCCAUUCCUGUCUUAGAAUGUUCGCGGACUAUAACCACACCCUGCCGUCAUCAACCCCUCAUGGUCAACGAAGCUGAUAGCGAGUGCACGAUCCUAUACGGCAACGCAAACUUUACCAAACAGUGGAACUAGCAAACGAUGGACAAUGCAGUGCCCCCUUUUUAGCGCCUCGGCAAACGUUUGUUUAAUAAGAAACAAACAGAAACAGCGUACUACAUCGAAGAAGACGAGCGGGAGAGAAAGAGAGAGAGAGAGAGAGACAGAAAGAAAGAGAAAGAAACCGAGAGAGAGACAGAUAGAGAUAGAGAGAGGAAGAUUGUUCUAAAGGUAAUUCCCCCCGGGUGGGCAAACCUUCUUUGCGAGCUAUUGUAUCGGUAAACGAACAAUGAUGAGGUGUUAGCAACUGCAGGUAUGCAGAAGGAUGCAGAAGGAGAAUUGUAUUUUAGCAAAACGAGGAGAAGGAGAACCACUUUUGAAUCAUUUACACGUACUCAGCAGUCAGCGGCCCAGAACAGAACGUACUACAUACAGAACGUACUACUAUACCAUCGCGCAGGAAUCGAUGGGAGCGGGAGGAGAGCCAAAUCAGGAAAUGAUCAAAUGAAUCAACAACCACUAGUACACAAUACUGAUUUGUAAUAAAAGCGAACCGCGAGGGUAUAGGAGAGAGUAGAGCAAUAGGGUAGCAAACCACCUAAUAAGAAAUAAAAGCGGAAGUAUUUGAAAAAUGCGGGCCCUGGGGACACAUAUGAAUCAAACAAAUGAUGGUAGUGGAGAAUGGAGAUAGGAAGAGUUCCACCUCCUUGGAGAGGGAAAAGCAUAUAAUUUUCUUUAUCAAUUGAGGUGAAAUUGACAUUUUAUCUGUUAAAACAUGGUUUAGUUGGUGAAAGUCCCACACUGUUUCGGGGGCACAUCGUUCCUCAGGUAGUUUGUCAUUGCUAGCUUGGAAAACGUAAGGCGACACCCCUUUUUGGAAGGCUUCAUUUUAUCUCUUUGGUUUUCUAGUUCUGGUAACACGGAUAGCUGAUUAGUUCUGGUAACUGGUGGUUUCGUGGUUUUAUUGUACCCAAAGAGAAGAACUUAGAGGAAAGAGGUUGAGAGGACAAGUAAAUAUCCCAUUUGAUUGCUUGCGGCAAGAACAAAAAUAGGAAAAAAAAAGAAAAAAUAAGCCCACACACGCUCGCCGAACCGCGAAACCGUGGAAAGUGAAUUUAGAAGAGAAGAGAUAAUAUAUGCCUUAUUGUGUGUAGCGUGAUGGAGAGACGAGGAAGGAGCUCUAUGGAACUUAUAGUAAGCUGACAAUGAUAAAUCUUCUACUAGACUACUACACACACACACACACACACACACACACACACACACACAAACACACCAGCCCCAUACAUGAUACCAUUAGCGACAAGAGUAGGAGAGGGCAGGGAGCAGUGUGUUUGAAUCGUCGUCGCGUCUCACGGAUAAUUAUCUGUUAUCUACACCCCGUCGCCGAUCGCCAAUGACGGAAGGAUAUGCUUGUUUUCCAUACGCCUUCUAUCAUUUGGUUUCGAUUGAAUUAGAUAUGAUGAUGCCAAAAGGGGAUCACAAAACCCACGGCGUAGAGGAAAUCGUGAGCGGAAUUGUAUUAUUUUACUUUCUCUUUUGAAAAAACAAUACAAACAACAUCAUCUGCGUGGCUUUCAGUGCGUGUGUUUCUUUGCUUUCGUGCGCUCCCUCAAAAGCAGUUCGUUAUUGUAUUAUUUUUAACAUUGAUGAGAACGCAUGAUAGCGUUUCGGAGACCGAUCAGAACCAUUGGACGCGCGGGACAAGGCAAUGAAUUCAUUUGUUUUAACUACUUGAUCAAACACACACACAUACACACAAACAUACAAUAAUCUGGCUGCGCUUGGUUGCUAAGAAACCACAGAACUAUAUUCUCUUGCGUCGUACUGCGCAGGAAAAUACGGUACGAUGAUCAACGAUGGCAACGACGAUGCACUGCAGCAUCACCGUUGGUAACGAGAGAGGAAAGAUAAUUUUGGGGUUGGGGCGAAAUGGAAAGUAACUUCAUCCUUUAAAAGACGAUAAGAGAACAUUGUUUGUAUAGGAAAAUAACAGGAAAUGAGGAAAACUAAAAAUUAACAAAAAAAAAACAAUUAUAUAUACACAAUCGACGAGGAAAUGAAAUUAUUUAUAUUUUUAAAACUCUGAAUAAACCAACCAAUUGAUUUCCAA